AAGGCAACCUCAGCUUUCUGUUUUCUUCUCUUUUUGACCCUGCCUUCGUCUUGCGCACUAGAUCUCUGUUUCUGGUCUUGAUCGCAAAUUCUUCUCUUUGCCGACUCUCAUUUGGACCGCCCGUUCUUUUCGAGAGUUCCGUAAACAGAAUCACUUUCCCACGCCGAAAUUUUCGACUCGCCGGAAAAAUCUAGUUUCCAUCCAACACAAACACCCUCACGAUCACCACCUCGUCAACCACAGUCCUCACGACAAAUAGCAAUCAUGGCUGACCAACUGAACAUUGGAGGCAUGAACCUCGGCCCCUCUGCUGUCGAGCAGGGACACCCUCCUGCCCGUUCUUACAUUCCUCCCCAUAUGCGAGGCAAGAUGGGUCCCCCUAACGGUAACCCCAACGGUCCCGCUCCCGUCAACGGGCCCGCCCCGGUCAACGGACCCCCGCCUACCUUGAAUGGCCUUAACAAUAGCGCUUGGGCUGCGAACAGCAACUACGAGGCUCGCCCCCCCCAACCUAACUGGUCAGGCCCGCUGCCUGGAGGUGCCCCCGCUCCCGACUACCCGGUUCCAGGCGCUCGUCCCAACAACUGGGGCGGCCGCCCAGCCGCACCCUUCAACCCGAACGCCUAUGGCAACCCAGCCGCCGGAGGUAACACUGGCGGCAACACUGGCGGAGGCUACGCUCGAGGUUCUGGUGAUGGUCAGUGGCGAGACGGAAAGCACGUGCCAGGCCCGGCAAACCCUCGCAUGGAGCGAGAGCUCUUUGGCACCCAUGAUGAUCCGUCGAAGCAACACACUGGUAUCAACUUCGAGAAAUACGAUGAUAUUCCGGUUGAAGCGUCGGGUCAGGAUGUGCCUGAGCCGGUUUUGACCUUCAGCAAUCCGCCCUUGGACCCCCACCUCCUCCAGAACAUUGAACUCGCCCGUUACCAGAUCCCGACUCCGGUCCAGAAGUACUCGAUCCCCAUUGUCAUGGGUGGCCGUGAUCUGAUGGCCUGUGCCCAGACCGGAUCUGGCAAGACUGGAGGAUUCCUGUUCCCCAUCCUGUCCCAGGCCUUCAUCAAGGGUCCGUCUGCUGUUCCUGGUGGCCAGGGCGGCGGCUAUGGGCGCCAGCGCAAGGCCUAUCCCACGUCAUUGAUCCUUGCCCCGACCCGUGAGCUCGUUUCUCAGAUCUACGAAGAAUCCCGGAAAUUCGCAUACCGAUCUUGGGUCCGCCCCUGCGUCGUCUACGGUGGUGCGGAUAUCGGCUCACAGCUGCGUCAGAUCGAGCGGGGCUGCGAUCUCCUUGUUGCCACGCCCGGCAGAUUGGUCGAUCUCAUAGAGCGGGGUCGCAUCUCCCUCUGCAACAUCAAGUACCUGGUUCUUGACGAAGCCGAUCGCAUGCUUGACAUGGGUUUCGAGCCUCAGAUUCGUCGCAUUGUUGAGGGCGAGGAUAUGCCAGGCGUCCAGGGUCGCCAAACCCUCAUGUUCUCGGCCACUUUCCCCCGCGACAUCCAGAUGCUUGCCAGGGAUUUCCUCAAGGACUACGUCUUCCUGUCCGUCGGGCGCGUCGGAUCUACCUCGGAGAACAUUACCCAGAAGGUCGAGUAUGUCGAGGACAUUGACAAGCGCUCUGUCCUGCUUGACAUCCUCCACACUCACGGCGCGGGUCUGACCCUGAUCUUCGUCGAGACGAAGCGCAUGGCCGACUCGCUCUCCGAUUUCCUCAUCAAUCAGAACUUCCCUGCAACCUCGAUUCAUGGCGAUCGCACCCAGCGAGAGCGUGAGCGCGCUCUUGAGAUGUUCCGCAACGCCCGUUGCCCCAUCCUUGUGGCCACUGCCGUUGCUGCCCGUGGUUUGGAUAUCCCCAACGUCACUCACGUGGUCAACUACGAUCUGCCUACGGACAUAGACGACUACGUGCAUCGUAUUGGUCGUACUGGUCGUGCGGGCAACACGGGUUUGUCGACUGCCUUCUUCAACCGCGGCAACCGUGGUGUCGUGCGGGACCUGCUUGACCUUCUUAAGGAGGCAAACCAGGAAGUCCCUGCCUUCCUCGAGACCAUUGCUCGCGAGUCUUCGUUUGGCGGUGGUGGUGGCGGUCGGGGCGGCCGCCCCGCCGGCCGUGGUCGUGGCCGCGGAACAAACAGCGAUUUCCGCAAGUAUGGCGGAAGCAGCGCCGGCGGUGGCUUCGGAGGCGGUGGCUUCGGCGGCCCUCCCCAAGCUUCCGGCUACGGCGGCGGCGGCGGCAGCUUUGGUGGCCCGCCGCCCCCCAGCUCCGGAUACGGCGGUGGCUACGGAGGAGGUGGUGGUUAUGGAGGCGGAGGCGGUGCUUAUGGCAACCCGGGCGGCGCCGGUGGCCAGUCUUGGUGGUAAACCAUGUUCCGGCAAGGAUCCGGCGGC